AUGAAGCGCUCACGAGAGCUCGAAGAAGAUCUAGAUUCCGAUUCUGAACAGACAAACGCGGAACCGUCCCUACGUCCAGUAUCAAAAGUAACUCAGCUUGAAUCGGCCAUCGACGACGAAGAGGAUACGAUAGCCAUGAGAUGCAACUUGCCUCCGCACAAAGAGCCUCUGGCCUUUAGAUCCUUCGACGAAUACGAGGUCCAUUACAAUAAGUCCCACACUAAUAGGUGUAUUGAGUGCCACAAGAACUUCCCAAGCGAACAUCUGCUCAACGUCCACAUUGAAGAAUACCACGACCCUUUAGUGAUCGUGAAGCGGGAACAAGGCGAGCAUACUAAGAGGCGUAUGCAUCUCAUCGACAAGCACAUGUAUCCAAAGAACUUCUUCUUUGCCGUCACUAGAGACGGUAUUGACGGUAGGCGGUCCCUGCUAAACGAUGGCAGUCAUCAUCGCCGCCGAUCAUCAGCCAACUCGCAAGCUAUAAAGAACUCUAGGCGUCGCGCCAGUCUCAUGGAGGGCGAGAAUGUCUCUUCACAGCCGGAGGACACAUCAAAAGAGUCACCAAAGUCACCGGCGGUGAAGAACGUGGAAAACAAGCAGGAAAAGCACAAGCCAGCCGACACAGAAAUGGCAGAUCUUACAGGUGCCAUGUCGUCACUAUCCUUUGUCCCACCGAGUGUCCGGUUUGGACGUGGAAGAGCUGGCUUUUCCAAAAGAUGA